AUGUCGGAGCUGAGCUUCACUAAAUCAUUCUUGUCCACGCUGGACUCGCGGCCUAUCAAGCUUCGUGCUGAUCAUGUCUUCGACCCAGAACAAAUUGGACUACGAGUACCCUACACGCUCCCCCGCCUUUCAGCCCCUCACCCUCCGAUGCCAAAAAAAGUGAGGUCAACACAGGCACCAGGCUCAUCCAAAUCAACCACUGUUCGCGUCAAGUCUGCCCGUAACCCUGCUCUGGAAUUCCUAAUCUCCAAUGCCCCUCUCUCAACCACCUCAGUCCAGGAUAUCCGGGAUGCUGUGCAAGUACGUGUCACCGAUGCGCAGGGUGGUCAAGUUCCGCUAGACAAGAUCAAGAUCCUAUACAAACGGAAGCCAGUGACUGGUACCGGGAAGACAUUGGCCGAGAUAUUGGCAGAUGAACCCAUAAUUCUGGCGGGAGGCAAAGAAGUCGAGAUCGGAGUGAUGAUCAUCGGUGGCGCCCAGGUGGUUGAAUCUGCUGUGGCUCAACCGGAGAUUGCAGAGAAGCGGGAUGAAUCACCUCCUAAGGCUGCUAUAGGUCCGAGUGGUGAGGAAGUGUUGCAUACGGAGGCUUUCUGGGAUGAUCUGCAAGGCUAUCUCGAGCAGCGAUUGAAGGACGAGGAAGAAGCAAAGCGAUUGAGAGUUGUGUUCAAAGAGGCGUGGAGCUCAGCGAAGUAG